AUGGCGGUGCGUCACAUCGAGGCGCGCGCCCGUACGCCGCCGAAUGACGAUGAAUCUCUCCCCUUAGAUGGAGUUUACCACCCACUUAGGGCUGCACUCUCAAGCAACCCGACUCUGAGGAGAGUCCCUCUCGCCGUCUCGCUCCGUCGCUACGGGCCUGGCACCCUCUACGGGAAAACGGCCCCGUUCAAGACGAACUUGGACAGGAGUGGCGACGACGAGAAAGCGGGACCUCCCGAACACCACAUCUCCCGCGAUCGUUACAACCGCGGGAUUCAGUGCUGGGCUGAUUCCUGUUCGCUCGCCGCUACUAAGGAAAUCCUGACGCGAUAUCCGUCAGCGCGAAGGCGCCGAUCUCGCCGGUCGGUCGGAACCGCCGUGCGACGCCGGCGUCGACGCGCACUUCGGACGUCGAGUCCGCCUACUUUAAUCACGAUCGAACCGCCGCUAGGCGAGAGAGCUAGCGUAGCGGGGGGUGCGCGGCGUCGCGCGACCUGUCCCGUGGACCCUCUCAAGAAUCUCGAAGGGUACAGGAAGGUCGGCACGCCGCCACUCCCCCCACCGCACACGUCUCUCUGGACGUUCGAUCGUAUCGUGUGUAGAGACACGACGACGGCACUCGCUGACGCGACGCACUACGCGCUAUGCGUCGUGCGCGCGCACGCAAUUCUCUCUCGCAAUAUCGACAAACACACCGAACGAACGGGCGCGACGACUGACCACUGUACGCCGCACGAUACAAGACUGACUGACGCCGCGCUAAACGGCGCCGCAUUCGCUCGCCAGAGCGCAGUUUUCAUCGACAUAAUGGACGGGAGGACGGCGGCGGACUCUAUAGUGACGAUAUUGAGUGAGCGACUCGCGGUGCGGAUUUUUACCGGUCUGCGUCGCGCUUCUCGCAAUCUACAAUUCACUACGUACACCGUCGGUUCUACCCCCCGCACACAUAGUGUCAGGAAUUCCUCGUUUAUGGGGGAUAAUUGCAAACCCCAAUCCCCAGCACGAAGGAGUUUCAACGGGUUGCCCGGGCCUCUAGGCCAGGGAGAACAUGCUGAUUCCUUCAGUGUAGCGCGCGUGCGGCCCAGGACAUCUAAGGGCAUCACAGACCUGUUAUUGCUCAAUCUCGUGCGGCUCGAAGACGCCGGUCCCUCUAAGAAGAAUUUUAAUACGUCGCCAACACAGACCGUAAAGACGGACACGUCCUCGGACGAAUCACCUGGCGUAGGGCUGAGUCUCAACAGAUCGCAGCACGACGCUGCUCUACCGAGCACAACACCCCGCCAGGAACGUAAGUCGUCUACAGACUAUUCCGAGCCCCGACAUCGAACUGAGUCAAAUUCGGAACUUCGGCGCCGUGAUGCACGUGUUAAGACCGCUCGCAUCGAUCGCCGCGUUCCAAAUGGGCUUCGACGUCGCACCUUACGAGUAAAGCGCAAC